UCGUAAACACGGAAGUAAAACAUCAUCAGAACGAAACAGACCGGAGCCUCAGUUCCUCCUCAGUUUAGUUCCGUUACCGGACAGUUUACCGUCUCACCGUUAGUUUACCGGCUCUCCGUUACCGUCACUUCCUCCCGGUCUGAGUGAACACGAUGGAUACGGUUUUAUUUUUAACUCUUGGUCUGGUUGUUUUUAUAACUCCGGUAACGAGCAGCACUUCCGGUCUGAAGAAAGUCCCCAAGACCCAGAUUCUGGGCUUCGACUGGAAGAACUGUGGAGCUCCAGAUGCUUCAGCGGUGCUGAAGACUCUGACUGUGUCUCCUGAUCCCAUCGUGAUACCUGGAGACCUGCAGGCCUCGGCCUCUGGGUCCACCACGGUGGAGCUCAGCGCUCCGCUGGCUGUGAGUACACAGAGUACUGUAGUACUUUAUAUAGGCUGUGAGUACACAGAGUACUGUAGUACUUUAUAUAGGCUGUGAGUACACAGAGUAGUGUAGUACUUUAUAUAGGCUGUGAGUACAGAGUACUGUAGUACUAGUAGUACUUUAUAUAGGCUGUGAGUACACAGAAUACUGUAGUACUAGUAGUACUGUAGUACUUGUGUGAGUACAUGUGACCUCCUCAGAGCUCAGCUUUAUAUGUUCAUCAGCAUCAUGUUUACACCUUUCACCUUCUCCACCUUCUCCUCCUUUUCUCUCUUCCUCCUCUC